GGGCUGAAGUCCCACGCCUACAUCCACAGCGUCCAGUUCAGCCACCAUGUCUUCCUCAACCUGCACACCCUCAAGUUCUACUGCCUGCCCGACAACUAUGAGAUCAUCGACUCCUCGCUGGAGGACAUCACGUACGUGCUGAAGCCAACCUUCACGGCGCAGCAGAUCGCCAACCUGGACAAGCAGGCCAAGCUCUCGCGCGCCUACGACGGCACCACGUACCUGCCUGGCAUCGUGGGGCUCAACAACAUCAAAGCCAACGACUACGCCAACGCUGUCCUCCAGGCUUUAUCCAAUGUCCCGCCGCUGAGGAAUUAUUUUUUGGAGGAGGAGAACUAUAAGAGCAUCCAGCGCCCACCUGGGGACAUCAUGUUCCUGCUAGUGCAGAGAUUCGGGGAGCUGAUGCGGAAGCUGUGGAACCCCCGAAACUUCAAAGCCCACGUCUCGCCCCACGAGAUGCUGCAGGCCGUGGUCCUCUGCAGCAAGAAGAACUUCCAGAUCACCAAGCAAGGGGACGGGGUGGAUUUCCUCUCCUGGUUCCUCAACGCGCUCCACUCGGCCCUGGGCGGCACCAAGAAGAAGAAGAAGACCAUCGUUACCGACGUCUUCCAGGGCUCCAUGCGCAUCUUCACCAAAAAGCUGCCGCACCCCGACCUGCCGGCCGAGGAGAAGGCGCAGCUGCUGCAGAACGCAGAGUACCAGGAGAUGAUGGUGGAGUCCACCUUCAUGUACCUGACGCUGGACCUCCCCACCGCCCCGCUCUACAAGGACGAGAAGGAGCAGCUCAUCAUCCCCCAGGUGCCCCUCUUCAGCAUCCUGGCCAAAUUCAACGGCGCCACCGAGAAGGAGUACAAGACCUACAAGGAGAACUUCCUCAAGCGCUUCCAGCUCACCCGCCUGCCCCCCUACCUCAUCUUCUGCAUCAAGCGCUUCACCAAGAACAACUUCUUCGUGGAGAAGAACCCCACCAUCGUCAACUUCCCCAUCACGAACGUGGACCUGCGGGAGUACCUGUCGGAGGAGGUACAGGCGGCGCACGCCAACACCACCUACGACCUCAUCGCCAACAUCGUCCACGACGGGAAACCCUCCGAGGGCUCCUACCGCAUCCACGUGCUGCACCACGGCACGGGGAAGUGGUAUGAGCUGCAGGACCUGCAGGUGACCGACAUCCUGCCGCAGAUGAUCACCCUCUCCGAGGCCUACAUCCAGAUCUGGAAGCGACGCGAGGAGGACGAGACGAACCA